AUGUCAUUUCCUAUCGUGCACAGCCUCUGGAUUCUGAACAAGGCAGGUGGUUUGGUAUACCUACGAUCAUUCUCUGAUCAAUUACCCGGAUUGAACACAAACGAACAACUGGUACUCGCAGGCACACUACACGGUGUACACGCGAUAUGUUCACGUAUAUCUCCAAUAACAACGUCAAAAUCUAGCGGCAUGCAGUUGCUAGAGUCUGAUUCAUUCGAUCUCACUGUAUUUUUGACGAGAACAGGUACAAAGUUCGUUCUCAUCACGACGCCCGGUCAUCCCGCUAGUCAAGCCCUAUUGAAUAGAGUUUAUGAAAUAUACGCUGACACUGUGAUGAAGAACCCAUUCCAUAUACCCGAAAUGCCAAUACGAAAUGAAAUGUUUGAUACUGCACUAGAUGGAUUCCUACGACCACCAGAUUUCAUGACUUAA